AUGCCGGUAAAACAAAAUUUUAACACCGCACCUCUCACAGUUGAAAAGUGGGAAUGCGGACCAAAAAAACUAAACUAUUUAUAUUCAGAGGAAGAACUUUCCUCACCCAGAGAGCGGGCGAACAGCCAACACCUUAAACGUAAUGUAAAUGUGGAAACGGGAUCCACAACAAACGGACAGCGCAGCCACGCUGUAAUUCAGAAAUACGCUGAUGUCGUCAUAAACGGCGUAUUUCGAGGUCACGGUGAUCGUGACUUUUAUUUAAAAAACAAAAACGACAAGGAACACGGCGGAAUGCCGUUAAAACAAGUCUUUAACACCGCAUCUCCCACAGUUGAAAAGUUGGGAAGCGGACCUAAAAAGUCUAAUUAUUUAUAUUCCGAGGAAGAAUAUUCCUCACCCAGAAAACGGGCCAGAAGCCAACAAGAUAACGAUAACUUAAACGUGGAAACAAAAUCCACAACAAACGGACAGCGCAGCCACGCUGUAAUUCAGAAAUACGCUGAUGUCGUCAUAAACGGCGUAUUUCGAGGUCACGGUGAUCGUGACUUUUAUUUAAAAAACAAAAACGAUAAAGAACACGGCGGAAUGCCGGUAAAAAAAGUUUUUAACACCGCACCUCCCACGGUUGAAAAGUUGGGAAGCGUGCCAAAAAAAUUUAAUUAUUUAUAUUCCGAGGAAGAACUUUCCUCACCCAGAGAGCGGGCUGACAGCCAACACCUUAAACGUAAUGUAAAUGUGGAAACAGGAUCCACAACAAACGGACAGCGCAGCCACGCUGUAAUUCAGAAAUACGCUGAUGUCGUCAGAAACGGCGUAUUUCGAGGUCACGGUGAUCGUGACUUUUAUUUAAAAAAGAAAAACGAUAAGGAACACGGCGGAAUGCCGGUAAAAAAAGUUUUUAACACCGCACCUCCCACGGUUGAAAAGUUGGGAAGCGUGCCAAAAAAAUGCUAA